AUGGCAACCAAAUUGGAGCCAUUCUUUUUAUCGAUCAUUUCGCUUUAUAUCAAAGGCACAACAAAUUUCUUGGUUUUUAGAAAAGUAAGCAAAAAUGUUGAAGAAGCUCUUAAAAUGCUUCGUAUCAAUCCAUACAAAGUAGUGUCGUAUUUGCCAUUCCUGUUGAAUUCUCUUCCAAAUAUAAACACACUUUAUAUAACCGUUUUAGAUGCGCAGAGUGAAUUAUCGGAGAGUCAGUUGUCACAAAUCAAUUGGAUUGACUCGUCUUCGAAAACAUGCGACAUCUCAAAAAUCACUCGGAAUUAUGCACAAAAAGUGAUUUCCUUGCGGUUUUCAGCCAGUGAAUGCCCAUGUUGGUAUUUGGAAGAUUUUAUUUAUUUACAAAAAUUGAUAAUUGAAAAUGCGGAAGAUCUCAGUGUUUUUAAAAUAUCAAUUUUUAAAUCACUGAAAUUUUUGAAGCUGCUUGUCUUGUAUUCUAAUGACCCACAAGACAAAUAUUUACAAAGUGGUUUUAUUUUAAAUGCACUUGAAUGUGUCAUGAAAAUGAAUCAAAAUUUGACAAUCAAUUUGUGCGUUUCUAAUAAGAAAACAGUUGAAAUGGUCACCAAAGUUAAUUUGUAUUAUCACAAAUUCUCGAAUAAAGCAAUAAAUUGUGAUAUUAAAAAAGAUUUUGAUAAAUUUGAAAUUAAUUAUCUUAGAGGAAAUAAAUAUAUUGUUACUGAAAUGGUCGAAAGUUUGGACAAAAACUUGAUACGAUAUUUAAAAGUUUCAUUUGAUACUUAUGAAAGUGUAGAAAUGGACUUCUCUUCUUUAUUCAUCGUUUCACUGAAAUUGUCUGUUAAAAACACCAAACAAUUAUUUGUGAGAAUACCAAACACUUUGUCUGACAUUACAAUUAUCGCACCAAAUCAAAAUGUUUGUGUUGAAAGUUUUAUGUUUCCAUUUUCAUUUCAAAAAUGUGAAUUUGACUGUAACAUCGCAUUUAGUAACUUAAAACGAGUCAUCCAAAAAACACAGAGAAUUGUUAUGAAGAACAUGAAAAUGUUGAAACUCAAAUCACAAAAGUACUUUUACGUAUUUGGUAAAGAAAUGAAUAAUUUGGAGUAUUUUGAUAUUUGUUGCCCUUUUAAAGAACUUGACUUGUCUGAUAUUAAGAAAUUUCGACUAAUUAUUGAACAAAUGCCAACACGAUGUUAUAUCAAAGAUGUUGGAUGUUGCAAACAGCUUAUUCUUGGGGAAAACCUUCUUUUAAAUGGCGCGUUUUGCUCGAAUGGAGAUGUCGAAGUCUUUGGAUAUAAUGAUCAAUUUUCUCUCUUUGGAAGUUAUACAAAAAUUCACAAUUUUAAUUUUAAAUUUAUUGAAAAUUUCAAGUGCAAAACACAAAUUUUCAUGCCAAAUGAAACGAAACUACAAAAAUCUUUUUACACUGAAAAAAUUGUUAUUAACGAAAGCCGAACGGAGACGUGUGUUGUUCUUAAAAAUGAUGAAUUAAAAAGAAUUACUGAAGACAAAGAGUUGUUGGAUUUUUUCAAAACGAACAUCAUCAAAUUUAACAACUUCUCGACAAAAACAUGCGACUUUUUGUUUUUCACAAAAUGUGAAUUUAAAAGAGAGAAUAACAGCGUAUGUUGUAUUGGAGAAAAACGUGUUGAUUUGGAUAAAGAUGAUAUCGUUGUUUAUGUACAAAGCUUUAACAUGUUAAGUUACUUCUCUUUUGACCAAAUUGGACAAAAACAAAAUAGAGAGAAUAAAAGUGUUUCUCCAAAAAUGAAGAGAAUUAACAAAGCAACCAAAGAAAAUCAUUGGAAAUUUGAGGAUGAAAUGGGAAGAAAAGUUACUCGACCAUUUCAUGGCAUCAAAAUGUUAAAUGUAAAUUACACACAAAAACAAAACGAAUUAAUAAAAAAACGAUUUAACCCAUUGGAAUAUCAUGACGAGGACAAUGAUGAUUUAAGUAAAGAAGAAUGGGAUGAAAUCGAAAGAUUGGAAUAUGCAAAUCUUAAACAAUCUGAUUUAAAGAAAUAUAUAAUUGAAGAUUAA